GCCCUGGGCACCCCUGUGGGUCUUCGCUGAGUCCGAGCAAGCCGAGCUCCCGCGUGAAGAGCUUCGAGGUGCCCCAUCACCGGCGGCGCGAGAGGCGGUCCACCAAGCAGAAGGAUCCUGCUCCGGCGCCGACAGACGUAAGAACGAGAACCCGAUUUCGAAGCCUGCAAUGCCGGCUCCCAAGGUUUCCACCACAAGGACCGUUCUACGGAUCGCGGUCGCCCUGGCCAUCGCGACCUACCAGGCGGUCGUCCGCGCCGACGGAGUGAAGCCACACCACCCCAACAUAAUCGAGAGGAUCAUGGGACCCAUCGUGCGCGAGGUGGAGCUCUCUCAGAUGGGCGGACCUGCGAAGCGGUCCUUCCGAGACGACCGCAGUGAAGUGAUGAACAAGCUCAAUAUGGAACCUAUCAUUGAACCCCUCGUCGUCGAGGGCUUCGGUCUGCCUGCCGUGGCCGAGAAAGGAGCCGGUGGUACGGAGAAAGUCAAGGAGCAGGACGGCGGCCAUGACAGCGCCGGCGGCCACGAAACGAAUGCCGAGUCGAAGAAAGUCAACAGCGUUCCCUCCUCUUCUUCGGGCCUCGCCGAGCCCCCGUCUCCUCUCUCGCGUUUAGGCGGAGGUCCCCGUCACAUGGAUCUGAUGCAGUUCUUCUGGAACAACUUCAUGGCCGCGCCACUCGUGCCACUGCCUCGGAAGCCGGUCGUCGGCAGGAACGAGGACGGCGUCGUGAGGACAGGGCUGCAGAAGAAAGAGGGAAGCAACGCUACUGUGAGCAAGCCUGAGGAAGGGGUCCUCAGCAUCUUCGAGGUGAUCGUCUUCCCAAACGCGGCCGGUGCUGUCAAGAGGAAUGCCACGGAAGCCGCUAGAGGUGGUCUGCUGUCCAGGCUGUCUCCUGGGGUAAAGCCGUUUCCGGAUCUUCCAAGAAACCGCAGUGCAUACUCGGUUGUCGAAGCGUUUCCCGCACAGUUCAUCGCGGUCGACAAAGCUGUGGUACCAAACAGAUCGCCAGCUACUGUCGAGAGCAUCAUCACCGAGAGCUCGCGUGACAGCUACCCCGGCAACGCCUACACCAAGAUGAUCCUUCUGAUGCUGCUCAUGGCCAUCGCCUGCUGCAUAUCCUGCGUCCUCGGCAACACGCUGCCCUUCGUGCUGAAGAACCACGGUCGCAGCGCUCGUACGCCUUCGGUGUGGGUGACAAAGACUGGGAAGCUACUGCGCCUGCGCGGUACAUCGCAGGACGUGUCCAAGCAGCAGCCCGUGACACGCAUCACGGGUCCGUGGCGGGCCUAGAGGAGAACCCGGACACGGUGAAUCGAGUUCUUCGGGGAUGUGUGAUUUGGUUUUACAGAACAGAUGGCUGAAACACUUGGUAGCUUUCUUGAUGAAGAUGGAAUUGGCGACGUACCGGCAAGACAGUGGUACAAAAUAAAAUUCUGGUUUCCCUUCUGAUCUUUUCAUGAAA